AUGGCUGAAAAGUACCCCUUCAAGGACAUGGUCUUCGCCGUCACUGGCGCCAGCCGCGGCACCGGUCUCGCCCUGGCCAAGUACCUCCUCAUCCGCGGUGCCAAGGUAUCCAUGUGCGCUACCACGGCCGCGAACCUCGCCACGGGGCUCGAAGAGAUCGAGAAAGAGGUCCCCGAUGUCAAGGGCAGGGUCAUGACCAAGGUCGUUGACAUCGGCAAGCUCGACACCGUCCAGGCCUGGCUCAAAGAGACCGUUGAAGUGUUUGGCCACCUUGAUGGUGCUGCCAAUGUCGCUGCGGUUGAGCAACGGAAGGUAUACCAAAUGCAGGAUCUCGAUCCGGUGUACUUUGAGAUGCUCCUCAGAGUGAAUGUCGUCGGCACUUGGAACUGCAUGAGGGAAGAGAUGCGCUACAUGAAAGACGGCGGAUGCAUCAUCAAUGUCGGCAGUAUCGCGAGCAAGUACGCCACUGGCGGCACUUCUGCUUACAUCGCCAGUAAGCACGCCCUCAUCGGUCUCACCAAGGUCGGUGCUUUCGAGGGCGCCAAGAGACGUAUUCGUGUGAACAUUGUGUGCCCGGGCUGUAUCGACACCGAGAUGAUGUCAAAGUCAUUCGAGAGUGCCGAGGGUGAAUUCUACCUCACCACCGAUACCAUCCCCUCCCUCACCAAACGUUUGGCGGAGCCCUGGGAGGUCGCGGCCUCGAUUGCUUUCCUCAUGGGCCCAGAGGGUAGGUUCGUGAACAAGUCGUCGUGGUACAUUGACGGUGGUUGGAACGAGGCAGCCUACACUUCCUUGUAG